AUGGCAGCAGCAACACACAGAAAACUGUACAAAAGGCGCCCCAACCCCAACAACCUAAGACUCCUACAGGAUGUGGUGGCCCGCGCACGGCAGGUAUCCCUGAGGGCCAGAGAGGCUAAGUGGCUGGAGUGGUGCGCCACUUUUAGCCACCACACGUCUCUAGGCCAGCUGUGGAGGAGCGUGAGGACAGCCUCCGGCGCUGCCCCGCCCCGCCCGCCCGCCCACCCGCACCCGCAGCAGGAGGCAGAGAGGCUUGCCACCAUGUUCACCACGCGGAGCUCCAGUGACCAGCUUCCUCCCCAGACACAACGCAUCCAGCAGCAGCUCCGACCACACCGCGACGAGGCUGUCAGGGAGGCGAUGGAGGAAGCCGACGUGACUGACCAGCCCUUCUCCCUUCAAGAGCUGGAGCGGGCUAGGAGGAGAGGCCGCGACACGGCAGCGGGGGCGGACGGCGUGCCAUACUCCAUGUUGGCGCACGCUGGGCCGGCUGGGGACGCCGCGCUGUUGGCCACCAUCAACGCCUCAUGGAUGGCGGGCUGUCUGCCGUCCGCGUGGAAGGAAGCCGACAUUCAGCCGAUUCCAAAGCCGAGGGAGCCCACCAAGAUCAGACCCAUCUCUCUCCUCAGCUGCACGGCCAAAACGGCUGAGAGGAUGGUGCUCGCGCGGCUACAGUGGCGCGUGGGGCCCUCUCACCCACAUGUGUUCGGCUACACCCGCGGAGUGAGCACGGCAGACAGCAUCCUCGCCCUGCUGACCCAAAUUGACCACCGCCCCGCCGUCAUCGUCUUCAUCGACCUCGAGAAGGCGUUCGAGCUAGCCAGCCCUCACGCCAUCCUCGACGCACUCGUGCGGAAAGGGGUGCGAGGAAGGCUGCUGGCCUGGCUCCGCGACUACCUGCAGCGCCGCCGCGCCAGGGUUAGGUUCCAGGGCCUGAGGUCGACCUUCAAGGUACUUGAGAACGGGACGCCCCAGGGCGGCAUCCUCAGCCCUCUACUGUUCAACCUGCUGAUGGAACAGCUAGUGGCACUGCCUUUCCACGCUGGCACCGUCCUGCUGAGCUACGCCGAUGACCUCGCCCUCGUCGUCACCGGAAGGGGCAACAAGCUCAGGAGGACGCAGCAGGCACUCGACCUCAUCAGCGGGAAAUGCCAGGACCUGGGGCUCAAGAUCUCGGCAGAGAAGUCCCGGGCCAUGAUGGUAAAGGCGGCAGACCCAACCUGGCAGCUCCGCGUCCAGGGAGUUGAGCUGGCAUGGACCAACUCCUACCAGUACCUCGGUGUGUGGGUGGACAAGCGGCUGUCCUUCACAGCCCACGCCGCCUACCUGAGGGAGAGGACGCAGUCUAGGCUGAACGUGAUGCGGGCCAUGACGCGAAUCAGCGCGGGCGCCACUUUUUCCGUCCUGCGCCAGUACUACGUGCACGCUGUUCGCUCGCUGGUGGAUUACAGCGCCCCCGUCCUCAUAGCACUCUCUCCAAACCAGCAGGAGCGGAUCGAGGUGCUACAAAACACCGCAAUGAGGACCAUGCUGGGGGCACCGAGGUGGUCCAGCGCAUGCGUCAUGCAGAGCGAGACCAGACUGGUACCCCUCACCACCAGGGUACAGCAGAUCACGGCCUGCCGCGUAGCGAGGGUGCUGCAGCGUGACGCGGAGGGAGUGACACAGAGGAGACUAAGGCUGGCGGGGACGCAGGGCGCCGAAUCUCUCCGCCGCAACCCGUGGCUGCUGCAGUGCACGCUGGCUACCCACAACCUGGCUCGCAUGGAGAACUGGCCACAGGCGGACCUCCCUGCCCCCACCUUCCGCGCCCCACCCCCGUGGGAGCCACCCGCGGCAGAGUUCUCCGCCACACAGCUGCCCGCCAGCAAGGCGCUCUGCGCCGUGGAGGAGAUGCGGCAGCACGCCUUCAUGGCCAUGGCGCAGGUCACCGAGCCAGACAGUGUUGUGUACUACACCGACGGCUCGGCUGACCCUGACAGCGGAAGGACGGGCGCUGCUGCCAUCACCAGAGGGGCCGAGGUGUGUGAGAGGACUCCCGACCACUGCUCCACCCUGCAGACAGAACUGGUGGCCAUCCUGCUGGCCCUGGAGCACGCUCAACACCGGCGGGAGCGCACCGUGGUGCUCCACACCGACUCCAGAACGGGGCUACAGGCUCUACAACAGCCGUAUCCCAGCGACAACGUGGGCCUCGUCACCGCCAUCCUGGGUAGCCUCCAGAGCCUCGCCGCGCAGGGGCGGCGGGUGAGGCUCAACUGGAUACCCAGCCACGUGGGAGUACGAGGCAACGAGGCUGCUGACGCAGCCGCCAAGAGAGCUGCUAGUGGCCCCCAGGUGACAAGGCAUGUGCCGCCCAGCCUGAGCCAAGUGAGGGCGCGAGCCAGGCUCGCCGCAACCAAGCGCGCCCGCCACACGCACCGGCAGCUGGAAACAAGGAAGAGACAGGCAGCUUGGUACGCCUCCGCCACUGGCUACCAGUCGUUGGACGCCUCCCAGCAGCAGCCCAGAGCAGACGGCGUGUUGCUGCAACGCGUAAGGCUGGGCUACUGCACCAGGGAACAGCUGUACAACGACUUUCGGGGGCAGGAGUGCGACCACUGCGGGAGGCACAGCCGCCACCCGCUAGUGCACUACCUACUGUCCUGUCCGGCCACCGCCGCCCUCAGACCAACGCCGCCACCACCGGCCCAUCCUGUAGGCGGUGAUCUCCUCAGCAGCCGCGAGGCCAGGGCUGCCCUCAUCGUCCGCCACACGCCCACAGACCUGAUGCUGCGAGUUCUCAGGGCAGCGCCCCCGCCCCGCUGA